CUGCAAACUGCAAGUUCCCAACUUCCAAUCCAGAGACGGACGAAUCUGAAAAGACUACCGUAGACGCACGAUCCUUUAUAAGUUUGAGCAGCGACUUCCAAGCAGGUUGCAGAUGACGAAACAGGGGAAUGAGAAGACUGCCGUCAGGUAGCUCAGAGUUCUGCCAUUGGCCCUGCAGCAGGGAGACAUCCGAGGGAUCUGCCGCCUUUUGAGGAACCGACGGUGCAAGUUGGAGGACGCCAGCUGCAUUUGCAGGCUACUUGCAUCCUAGAUCACUUGUGCUCCUGGAGCUUUGACAUUAGAUUGUACUUGUCAAUCUAGGGUUUUGGUAAAUCUUGGCCAGAUCUGUUGCCUGGUAAUAGACAUCAAUAGGCAUCAACACUGUAGGAGAGGUCCUUGGAAGUGAGCGAUGGCAAAAGUUGGAGAAGGGGAUCCGCGCUGGAUAGUGACAGACCGUGAUGAUGGGCGGAACGUGAACGGGUGGCAUUGGACGGAGAAAAGUUACACAACAUGGAGCCGACAAAGACUGGAGGAGAUGGUCAGAGAUAUACCCGUCGAGUGCGACGUACACGAAGGGCAGGCAAAAGUCACAAAACUGAAACGGUUGGAUGGGGAUGUACAUUUGACAAGCAGAAAGGGCAAAAAGCACGGGGCUUUAUAUGAUAUCACCCUCACAAUGGAAUGGAUUGGCCAAGUUCCGAAACCAAGCACGGAGGGUGGAGAAGAAGUUAAAGGGGAGAUCAGAAUUGCAGAGAUUGUGAACGGGCAUGACGAGAAGGAUUAUGAGUACGAAGUCACGGUAGAGGGGUCGGGGCAAGGGCAUGAUCGGUUGAAAAGCAGGGUCAAAGCGGCAAAGCCACAACUAUUGCAGAUUGUGAGCGAGUUCUUAGCGGAGCUCUCCAGGCAAUGCUGAUGGCAGGCGCUAGGUACAGUUCGACAUCCAUCCCUAGACUGUCUGCUGUCCGGCUGGAGAAAGCGCUCCACGAUUGAGACUUCAACCGGUCCGUAAUGCACUACCGCAGCAUGCAUGAUAUGCCAAGCAGAUAGACUACACCAGUCAUAUGUGGAGUAUCAAGAAGGUGUCACAUAACGUGGUCGUUCCAACAUCUUUACGGCAGGCACGCCUCACAUUGCAAUUCCUUGCUGUUCAUCCGACAGGUAUCAACCCGAAGUUUUUUGUGGUCAAGUUCGCA